AUGGAGUGCCUCAGCAAAAUUAAUCUCAUACAAAAAGUGAACGCGGAGCUUUACAAGAGUCUUGGGGUGGAGGAUGACAACUUGGCAGAAUACUUAAUCUACUUGUGUAAAAAAGCCAAAUCGUUGGAAGAAUUUUGUAAAGACGUGUUUGAAAAUGGAGGUGAAAUUGAACAGUCUGUUUUAAAGUACCUCUACGAUAUUAUUAAGCGCCCCGGUGGGGACUCUGCAGGCAAGGCGUCCGGGGGGAAGGAAACCAGGACAGAUGAUGAUGAGCAGGAAGAAGAGGAUGGAGUGGACAAGGAGAACAGACUGGAAGUUAAAAUGAUUGAAAAGAAGAACGAGAAGAUGAAGGGGUUCCACUGCUUGGCCAUUAAGAAUGACGAGCAGUUGACCAGGCUGUCCGAUGGGAGCGGCGUGGAGGCGGGUAGCGACACUGCCACGGGAAGCAGGGGGGCGCGCCCUGGGAAAAGAAGCCACCAUCGAGAUAGGAGCCACAGUCAGGAUGGAAGCCAUACGCGUGAUGGGGGUCGCCAUGCGCACCGCGACCGAGAUAGGCAUCGCCAUCGAGGUAGAAGCCACAGCCGCGAAGGGGAUCGCCAUGUGCGUGAUGGGGAUCACCAUCGAGAUCGGGAUCGGCAUCGCGAUAGGGAUAGACAUGGAGAGCGCCGUCGAGAUAGAAGCCGCAGCCGAAGCCGAAGCCGGGACGGGGACCACAAAAGAAGGCGACGAGAAGGGGUAGACUCGCGCGCUCUACGGGUGAACAACAUUUUCACUGCAACCGUCAGCAAAAUCAUGGACUUCGGAAUGUUCGUCUCGUUCAGGACCAUCCCGGAGGGAUACAAAGAAGGGCUCGUACAUUGCACAGAUAUAUUACCAAACCGCAAACGAGUAACUAAUAUGAAUGAAAAAUUUCAAAAAGGAAUGAAAGUCAAAGUGAAGGUCCAAGCAAUAUUUGGAGAAAAAAUACAUUUGAACAUGUCUGAGGUGGACCAGAAGACAGGACAGAAUCUGGUUAGUGAUGAUGAGGAUGAUGGUGAUGAAGGAAGUGCAAACAGAAAAGGGAAAGAAAAAGAUAAAAAUGAUAUGUCCAUAUUUGACGAUCUGCAUGAAGAUUACAAAGAGUUGAAAAAACACAACUCAGAUGUCUUCAAAGAAGACCCCAAAGAUACAAUAAAGUACGAGAGUGUUAUUAAAAUGCAAAGCGAUUACUCCAAGUGGGAAAUACAGCAGCUAAUAAAAAGUGGUAUAAUGCAUGAUGAACAAAUAAAACAGGAAUAUAAGAAUUUACGAAAUGACGAGAAGAUUGAAGAUGAAGAAGAAAUAAUUGAAAUUGAGGUGAACGAAAGAGAGCCAGCUUUUUUAAAAGGACAAACGACUAAAGCUGGGGCUAAAUUGUCACCCAUACAAGUUAUUGUUAAUGCAGAAGGAUCUUUAGCAAGAGCUAUAACUACUACUUCUGCUUUGGCCAAAGAGAGAAAGGAACAAAAGCAAAAUGAACAAAACGCCAUUUACGAUAGUAUCCCUAAAGAUAUUAGUAGACCAUGGGAGGAUCCAAAGCCUGAGUUGGGAGAAAGAACUAUAGCAGAGGCUUUGAAGAAUAUUGGCAAAAAUUAUGACCUCCCUGAAUGGAGAAAAAAUUACUUACACAAUAAUAUUUCCAUUGGGGUUAAAAAUCCUAUGCCUGUAAAUGAACAGAGAGAAAAAUUACCAAUUUAUAAUUUGAAAAAAGACUUAAUGAAAGCCAUAGCUAAGAAUAAUGUCCUUAUUGUAAUUGGAGAAACGGGAAGUGGCAAGACCACACAAAUUCCUCAAUACCUUCAUGAAGCCAAUUACACGGAUAAGGGCAUUGUUGGGUGUACUCAACCCAGAAGAGUUGCUGCCAUGUCCAUUGCUAAAAGAGUGAGUGAAGAGUUUGGGUGCAUUUUGGGUCAGGAGGUUGGUUACUCCAUCCGUUUUGACGAUUGCACUUCCAACGACACCAUUAUAAAGUACCUCACCGAUGGUAUGCUCCUGCGGGAGACCCUCAGCGAUACCAUGCUCUCCAAGUACUCCUUCAUCAUACUUGAUGAAGCCCAUGAACGGACCAUCUCCACGGAUAUCCUCUUCUGUCUUUUGAAGGAUGUUGUCAAGAGGAGGCCCGACUUCAAGCUGAUCGUGACGUCCGCCACGCUGGAUGCGGAGAAAUUUUCCACCUACUUUUUCAACUCUCCCAUUUUUACCAUCCCGGGGAAGAUCUUUCCAGUGGAGAUUCUGCACUCGAAAGAACCGGAAAGCGACUACGUGGAGGCCUGCCUGAUCACCGUGCUUAACAUUCACCUGAACGAGCACCCGGGGGACAUCCUGGUUUUCCUAACGGGCCAAGACGAAAUCAACACUGCGUGUGAAAUUCUGCACGAGAGAAUGAAGAAGCUGGAAAGCAUGUCCCCCCCGCCGUUGAUCAUUUUACCAAUCUACUCAUCGCUCCCCUCAGAGAUGCAAAGUGUUAUAUUUGACCCAGCCCCACAGGGGUGUAGAAAAUGUGUCCUGGCCACCAACAUAGCAGAAGCUAGUUUAACCAUAGACGGGAUUUUUUUCGUCAUUGACCCGGGAUUUUGUAAAAUUAGAAAAUAUGAUUCGAAGAGGGAUAUGGAUUCGUUAGUGGUUGCGCCCAUCUCCAAAGCGAAUGCCAAGCAGAGAGCAGGUCGAGCAGGCAGAACAGGUCCAGGGAAAUGUUACCGUCUUUAUACAGAAGAAGCAUAUAAAAAUGAAAUGGCCGAAACAAGUAUCCCAGAAAUACAAAGAAUAAAUUUAGGCAGUACAGUACUUUUGUUAAAAGCAUUAGGAGUAAAUGAUUUCCUGCAUUUUGACUUUAUGGAUUCACCAUCCGUCGACACACUUAUACAUUCAUUGGAAAAUUUAUAUUACCUGGGAGCCCUAGAUGAUAAUGGGUACUUAACCAAAUUGGGGAAAAAAAUGUCCAACUUUCCUAUGGAGCCAAAUUUGUCCAAAAUAUUAUUAACGUCCAUAAAUUUUAAUUGUGCAGAUGAUGUAGUGACGAUAGUUAGUAUGCUGAGUGUUCAGAAUAUUUUUUACAGACCUCAAAAUAAAGCCCUUUUAGCAGAUAAAAAAAAAAAUAAAUUUAUCAUGCCACAAGGAGAUUUAAUCACUUAUCUUAAUAUAUACAAUAGGUGGAGAGAAAACAAUUACUCCAAUUAUUGGUGCCAUGAAAAUUUUAUCCAGUCUAGGGCACUGAAAAGGUCACAAGAUGUGAGAAAGCAAAUUCUCUCCAUAUUCGAGAGGUAUAAUUAUGAGGUAGAAAAAAAUCGAAGCAGAAAUGACUCCGCCAAAUAUGUAAGUAUUUGUAAAAGUAUUUGCUCUGGCUAUUUUAACCAUGUUUGUAAAAGGGAUGCUCAACAAGGUUAUAAUACCCUUUUAACAAAUCAACAAGUUUUUAUUCACCCUUCUUCUACUCUGUUUAACAAAAACCCACUCUUCGUUGUGUACCACGAAUUAGUUCUCACAAAUAAAGAAUACAUUCGAGACUGCACCAUUAUCCAACCCCAGUGGCUGAUUCAGCUGGCACCCAAUUUGUUCAUCCCUGCCGAUGAGAAGAAAAUCUCCAAAAUUAAGCUCCGCGAAAAAAUCGAGCCCCUGCACAAUUAUUAUGAGGAACCCAAUGCGUGGCGUCUAUCCAGGCGGAAGGGUUAG